CCGGAGGAAGGGGACUGGGCUGCGGCUGUGGCGCUCGCCCUAGUUUAAGGCGUGGGCUGGGCUGGGGAGCGGCGGAGUCAGCCAGUCAGAUUCAGGAAGUCGAGUUCCUGACCUCAGGAGCAGGACUGGGUGCCGCGAAGCCUCAGCGGGGAACACAGGGGGUGCUUUCCUCUACACACCGCACGGGUGGCACCCACUGACCCGCAGCGCCACCUCCCUCCCAGGACCUGGCAGCGGCGGGGAGGAGUUGGAGGAGGGAUUGAGACCUCACCCUUGUGCCUAAGUCACUCCAGACAGCACCCGAGCAGACCCAGCCGUCCCACAUGCAGGAAACCCUCCAGCGGACCCAAAGAUUAUCCCCAUGUUGGAGACAAAGAAACGGGCCCAGAGCAACUGAGUGAUUGUCCCAAGACACAAACUGAGUAAGUCACGCCUGCUCAUCAUGCCUGUGUCUACGAGUUUGCAGAUCUUCAACUGCCCAUAGCUAGAUUUUGUAGCUGAGGACAGUGCUCCUGGUGGCAUGCCCAAACCCGAAGCCAAAAGAGGAAUCAAUUACAAGCGGCCAGCACUGUGUUCUGUGGAGUCUGGGGCUUGUUAGGUAACUGGGAUCCUCUGGCCCCGCACUAGCCCAGCACCAUGGAGAGAAACAGUUCCUUCUUCAACUCUAUCUGGGAAACCAUCCGGACCAGACACGAAAGGGGCGUCUUCAACACCGUCUGCCUGGCUGUCCUCCUGGGGCUGCCCUUAGUGGUGGUCCUUACACUCCUCUUCGUCUGCUGCCAUUGCUGCUGCAGCCGGCCACCCAAGAGCGGCCAACAGCCAGACCCAAACAAGAAGAAGAAAAAGAAGAAGAAAAAGAAGAAGGAUGAAGACCUCUGGAUCUCUGCUCAGCCCAAGCUCCUCCAGAUGGAGAAGAGGCCAUCACUGCCUAUCUAGUGAUGGGAAGCUCAGUGUCCUCCCCUCUGGGCCCAGCCUCCUUCCAACCACAGAGACUCAGGAGGAGCCUUAACAGUGAUGCACUCAUGCCUACAGAUUACUUCAACCAAGGAACAAAUGUCAGACUGAGCAUCCCAUUGGAUAGGAGCGUAUGGACAAUUUUACACUGUCUUGGCAGCUACGUGUCCAGUAACAGUGCUCUCUGUUGUAGUCCCAAGCAUGUAUUACACUGUCUCUGGUAUACUCCAUCACAAAAGCACAGAAAACAUGUAUACAUGCACUUUAGAUGGAGUCCGAGUAGAUGCACAUGGCCAUUGUAUGUAUGUAUAUUUGGACAACAGGUACAUGGAACAGUAUAUUCUGUUUAUCAUGUGGCCAUUUAAUAUGUACUUUGCACAAAUGUACAUACUUGCAGAAAUGUCUUAUGGGAAGCUAUGUCCAGAUUUAGGCACAUAGGCAUAAUUAAAUAUCCAUGCAAGGCUCUAUGCACUAUCUAUAUGCCAUUCAGGUUGGAGAUGGGUGCUUUCCUCUUCCUAUACCUACAUAGUAUUUUACCGGGAAUACAUUUGGACAUUCCAGGAACCUGGUACAGUCUUACACCCCAGUGUUUAUUAAUACAGACAUAGAUAGUGGUUCCUAUAUGCUUCUGAACUUCUACCUGUACCUAAAAGUUUAAAGUAUGGUUCCAAAUCCAUUCAAAGCUCUUUGCUUGCAACUCACAACAAGGUCCUCAUUACCACUGGCAGGUGUCUAAUGUGGUCCAAGACCUCUCGGGGACAUUACCCCAUUACUACUCAGCAAGGUGCCCUCUUCUAAGCAGCGAUGAACAGCUCUUGGCAGUAACUACUAGAAAGCUAUGGAAACUCAUGUGAUCUCUUCCAUGGGCUGCAGUUACGUGCCCAUGCAAAGUAGACACAGACAGAAAGGGUAAGGAGAUGCCCCACAUAAGCUAGCUAUGUUCUGUGUGGAUGAAGGUUUUUCCAAAAGGAAAGAUGUGAGGUCAUCACACGUCCGGUCUCAAAGACAGCACACACCCAGGAAGCAAUCCCCUGAGCUUUAUAGCAGUGCAUGGUGUGUUGGAGGUGGGAUAUAGAAGCCAUGGUUUAAAUGAAUGAUUAAACUGUAAAGGUGUUCGUUGUUAUUUAUGUUGAUGCUCAGGCAAGUAUCUUGUGCACAGUAGGUACUCAUAACUGUGGAUGGAUGUACAAUCAUGUUAGGAAUAAACUUGUAAUACCUCAUGGUUCCCCA